GCCAUGGCAGGUUCAGGUACAAAUUACAAACAAAAUGGCUCCUAAGAUGUUGAUGGUAGCGGUUCUUGCUAUACUGGCAGCGGCGACAGUAACGGAUGCGCAAGAGACGUGUGCACAAAGUCUAAUCCCUUGCGCUCCGUACCUUACGAACACCAGCGCGCCACCGCAAGACGAUUGCUGCAACCCCAUCAGAGAAGCCGUCCGUACACAAUUCACUUGCCUUUGCAGCCUUUUCAACGAUCCCACUUUGCUUAAUUCUUUCAACGUCUCCGUCCCUGAUGCUUUGAGGAUCGCUCGUGAUUGCGGUGUCAAUGCUAAUCUCAGCGACUGCAACACUACAGCUACUUCUCCUACAUCGGCUCCACCCCCACCAGGGCAACGAGGUGACAAUGGAGGCGAGGACAGGACAGCGUUGACUGGAAUCACAGCCUUAUUGUUGGUUUUAGUAUCUAUAGCGCUCUACUAGGGUGACAUAUUCUUGUUAGUUUUGUAAAAUUAAAUAAUAAUACAGAGAUCAUUCAGAAUUUUAGGCAUCGGAUGUCUGAAAUAUCUGUGAUAUUUUUAUAGUUUCAUAUUCUCUUUUUAUAUACAUAUGUUUGAACAGUUGUUAGCACAUACAUUAGUUAUUCAGUCA